AUGCCUCUACCCCCGGGCCCUCGAGGCCUCCCAGUCAUCGGCAACCUCCUGCAAGCCCCCAAGGAGACCCCGUGGAAGAAAUACAAAGUAUGGAGCGACAAGUACGGGCCCAUCAUGUCGAUCCGCAACGGGCAGAACGUAUUCGUCAUCAUCACCUCGUUCGAUAUCGUCAAGAACUUCCUGGAGAAGAACAACGGCGUCUUCAGCUCCCGACCGCACCUGGUCGUCAUAGAGCGCGCCUCCGGGGGCCUCGCAACGUCGUUCCUCCCCUACGGACCGCAGUGGAACUCGCACCGUCUCCUCCGUGGAAACGUCCUCAAGCCCGCCAUGGCAGUCAAAUACCGCCCUGUCCUCGACACGGAGAGCAAGCAGAUGCUGCGCGAGGUGCUGUCCACGAACAGUCUCCCGCAGACCCUGCGCCGCCAGGCCGCCAGCACCUUCCUGACAAUCGCCUACGGCUACCGGCUGCCCGUCGAACCGCCCGAGAUCCAAGAAAUGGAGGAGCUCGUAUCGUACAUGGCAACGAUCAGCGAGGCGUGCUUCCGCGGCACCAGCAUCCUGGCCGAGUUCUUUCCGUUCGCGCAGUACCUCCCGGGGAACUCGUGGUGGAAGGACGAAGCCGAUAAGAUCGCGGCCAAGCUGACGAGGUUCUAUGUCCACAAGUGGCGUGCCGGGCUCAAGACGCCCGCGUGGAACUGGACGAAGGAGUACAACGUGCACAAGGAGGCGCAGCCCAUGGACGAGCUCGAGCGCGCGUACACCAUCGGCGCGAUCUACGAGGCGUCGCUGACGCCCUUUGAGAUCCUGCUGAUCGUGAUCCUCGCGGCGCUGUAUAACCCCGAGGAAACGCGCCGGAUCCAGCGGGCGAUCGACGCCGUCGUCGGCGGAGCCAACCGGAUGCCCGAGAGCAGCGACAUGGCCCAGCUGCCGCAGAUUCUCUUCUUCGUGCACGAGGCCCUUCGCUGGCGGCCCUUCUCCCCGCUCGCCGCACCGCGCGCCGUCAGCAAGGAGGUCGAGUGCAUGGGGUACCGGAUUCCCAAGGGCGCCACGAUCAUCGUGAACCAGUGGGCGAUGGACCACGACGAGAACAUCUUUGCGGACCCCUUCGAAUUCCGGUAUUCGCGGUGGGAGAAGAACCCUGAUCUGCCGCAUAUCUCGUUUGGAUUCGGACUGCGCGGCUGUCCCGGGCAGCAUCUCGCCAGGGAAUACUUGUUUAUUUCGAUUGCCCGCUUGUUCUGGGCGUUCGAUUUUAAUCAUCCCAAGGUUAACGGGGAGGUGGUGGUACAGGAUUUGGAACAGCUGUUUCGUCCGCGCACUCCCAUUGCGUUCUUCAACCAGGUGCCGUCCUGGUUCAAGGUGGAUAUCACGCCGAGGGAUGAGAAGCGGAAGGCUCUGAUUGAGAGCGAGUGGGAAGGCGCUGAGAAGGAUGUGAACGUAUUGUUGGAUCGGGUUAUGCCACUUCCAAACUAG